AUGAAUAAUGAAAUGAAUGAAACAGCAGCAUCAACAUGGAACUCAAUAUUACCAUUUGAUAAUGAUGAACUUGCCAAUAAUAAAUGGGAAGAUGAUAUAAUAUGGGAUCCAAUGAAUAUGAAAGAAAUACCAAAACCAAAAAUAUUAACUCUAGAUCUCAAUGAUGAUAAUAUAAUAUUUAAUAUACCAGAAGAUAAAGGUAAUUUUAAAGAAAAAGAUGAACCAAAGAAAAAAGUUAAAGUAACAAAUCCUCAUAUGAAAAAAACUCAAAUGUUAUUAGGUGAAGCUGGUUUUAUACCACAAGUACAAGAAGAAAUAAUACCUAAAAAAAUAGAAAAUAAUGAUCCAUUUAAUAUAUCAAAUGAUAUAUAUUACAUGGCAAAACAAGAAACAUCAAUUAAAAUGAAUAUAAGUGGUGGUAAUUUAAUGCAACAUAGUAUACCAGUUGUUGAAUUACGUGAUCCAUUUAUUAAAACUCAUAUGAGUAUUAAAAGCUUACGUAAUUUUCAUAGAAUGCCAUUGAAACGUUUAAACAAUUGUCAACUAUCAUAUCCAGGACCACAUAAAAUAAAACCAUUAACAUUAAAUAUUAUUAAAAAAGCAAAACAACGUGAACAAGAACGUAUUGCAUCUGGUGGUGGUGAUGUAUUUUUCAUGAGAACACCACAAGAUUUAAGUGCUAAAGAUAGUAAAUUAGUACUUGUUGAAUAUUCAGAACAAUAUCCACCACUUAUUAGCCAACCUGGUAUGUGUUCAAAGAUUAAAAAUUACUAUAAAAGAUAUCCAUCAAAUGAUAAUGGACCAAAAAAUUAUGAAUUUGGUGAAACAGUAUAUUCAUAUAAAUCACCAUUUCUUGGUUCAUUAACACCUGGACAAACAAUUCAAACAAUUGAAAAUAAUAUGUAUAGAUCACCAAUAUAUCAACAUGAUAUACCAAAAACUGAUUUUAUUAUAAUACGUACUUCAAAUCAAUAUUACAUACGUGAAUAUGAUGGUUUAUUUAUUGCUGGACAAGAAUGUCCAUUGUAUGAAGUACCAGCACCAAAUUCAAAACUUGCUAAUAAUUUUGUACGUGAUUUUCUUCAAGUAUAUAUUUAUCGUUUAUUUUUUAAAUCAAAUGAUAUACCAAAAAAAAUAAAAAUGGAAGAUAUUAGAAAAGCAUUUCCUGGUUUAAGUGAAAGUACAAUACGUAAACGUUUAAAAUUAUGUGCUGAUUAUCAAAGAACUGGUAUUGAUUCAAAUUGGUGGGUUAUUAGAAAUGAUUUUCGUUUACCAACAGAAGAUGAAAUGCGUGAAAUGAUAACACCAGAAAAAUGUUGUGCAUAUUAUAGUAUGAUUGCUGGUGAACAAAGAUUAAAAGAUGCUGGUUAUGGUUGUGAAAAAUCAUUAUUAUUACCACAACAAGAUGAUGAUGAUGAUGAUAUAAUUAAUAAAAAAGAUGAUGAAGUACAAGCUGCACCAUGGAAUACAACAAGAACAUAUAUACAAUCAUUAAAAGGUAAAUGUUUAUUACAAUUAACUGGUCCAGCUGAUCCAACUGGUAUUGGUGAAGGUUUUUCAUAUAUUAGAGUACCAAAUAAACCAAUUGUAAAUAAAGAUCAAUUAAAAGAAUCAAAAAAACAAUUAAGAGGUACAUCAUCAGAUUUACGAAGAUUAGAUCUUAAAAAAGCUAAAGAAAUAUUAUUACAAUAUGGAUUAAAUAAAAAAGUUAUUGAUGAAUUAGGAAGAUGGGAAAUUAUUGCUGUUGUACGUACAUUAUCAACACAAAAAGCUAAAUCUGGUACUGAUGAUAUUGAUAUUGAAGCUGUUAUACAAUUUUCACGUGGUAAUCGUCAUUCAAUUGCUGAACAUCAUGAAAGAUAUAAAGAUGAAUGUCAAAGAAUAUUUGAUUUACAAAAUCAUAUAUUAGCAUCAAAUGAAGUAUUAAGUACUGAUGAUGAUGAUGAUUCUGAUAGUCAUGAUAAUAAUUCAGAUGAUGAUGAUAAUAAUAAUUCUGAUAAUUAUGAAGAAAUGGGUAAAAAUAUUGAAAAUAUGUUGAAUAAUAAAAAAACAUGUUUAGAAUUAACUAAAGAAAAAGAAGAACAAGCUAGAAAAGAAUUAAUGAAAAUGAUUAAUGAUGAUAAUAAUAAUAUAAAUGAUACUAAAAAUAAUAAUAAUAAUCAUGAUAAAAAUAAAAAUAUUAUUAAAAAAAAUAAAACACUUAAAAUAAGUCGUACGUAUCGUGAUGACUAUGGCAAAGAAUAUACACGUACUGAAAUAAUAUCAAAUCAAAAAGUAAUUGAUUUAUAUUUAAAAACACGCGAAUUAAAAGAUGAUGAAUCAAUUAGAAAAAUUGCAACAGAUAAUGAUUUUCAAGCUAAAGAAGAAGAACGUAGAGCUAGACGUAGAAAACAAGAACAAGACAGACGUAAACGUAAAAAUGAGGCAAAAUGUGCUGCUGCUGCUGCUGCAUUUGCAAAUAAAUCUGUAUUAAAUAUUUAUAAUCGUAAUGAUAAAACAAUAUUUAAUAAUCAUGAUGAUGAUGGUGGUGAUGGUGAUUCAUUAAAUUGUACUAAUAAAAAAUUACAACUUAAAACAGAUUCUAAAUUUAAAUGUGGUGCUUGUGGUAGUGUUGGUCAUAUGAGAACAAAUAGAGCAUGUCCAUAUUUUAAUAAAUCAUCAAUGUCAAUUAUUGAUAAUCAAGAGAAUGAUAAUAAUAAUUAUCAAAAAAAUAAUCAUUAUGAAGAUAAAGAUCUUAUUAAUGUUGAAGGUAUUAAAAUUAAAUUUUCAUCAACAGUCAUAAAAAUGGCUAAUGAACAUAAUGCUGAAUUAAUGAAACGUAAAUCACAAUCUUUUAAACAUUUAAAAAAUUCAAAUGAUGGAAAAAAACGUAAACGUCAAGAUGACAAUGAUGAUGAUUAUUAUUAUGAUAAUAAAAAAAUAUCAAAUAAACGUAUUAAUAGACGUAGAACAAAUCCAGUUGUUGUUAUGACAACAAUAUUUGAAAAUAUACUUCAAAAUAUACAAAAACUUUCAUAUGUUACACCAUUUAUAUUACCAGUUACAAUAAGACAAGCACCAGAUUAUCAUAUUAAAAUAAUGAAACCAAUGGAUUUACAAAAAAUACGUGAUAAAUUACGACAAACAAAAUAUAAACAUAGAAAAGAAUUUCUUGAUGAUUUUAUACAAAUUUAUGAAAAUUCAAAAAUUUAUAAUGGUGAAAAUCAUGAAUUAACAAUUGCUGCACAAAAAAUGAUGGAAUUAUGUGCUGAUAAAAUAAUUGAAGAAGAAGAAAAAUUAAUGAUACUUGAAAGAGAAAUAAAUCCAUUUGUUGAUGAUAAUGAUGAAACAAAAUUAGCAUUUAUAUUUAAAAAAAUAUUAAAUACAACAAUUAAAUUAAUGCCUGAAGUAUUUCCAUUUAAUAAACCAGUUAAUAAAAAACAAUAUAAAGAAUAUUAUAAUAUUGUUAAACGACCAAUGGAUCUUGAAAAAAUAUUUACACAAAUUGAUAAUCACAUGUAUAAAAAUCGACAUGUAUUUUUACAGGAUAUUAAACAAAUAUUAUAUAAUUGUGAACUUUAUAAUGGAAAAAAACAUCCACUUGUUGCAAUUGCCAAUAAAUUAUAUACAGGAUGUAAAAAUUUACUUGAUCAAUAUGAUGGUUGUAAUAAUAAUCAAUUGAGUGAAUUAGAAAAUAAAAAUUCUACUAAUCAUUGUCAAGAAAAUAAUAGUCUCAAUUUACAAUUUGUACCUGAUGAUAUUAAUUAUACAAUUGCUGAGCCUGAAACUCGUAUUAGUCAAACAAAUAUAUCAUUAAAUCAAUUAUGUGAUUCUAGUAUAAAUGAUGAUAUCUUUGUUGAUGUUGAGGGUGAUGUAGAAGUUGAUGUUGUUGGUGAAGAAGUAAUACAAGCAAAAGAAGAAAAACAAAUAAAAGAAGAAAUGAUUAAAUUUGAAAAUAAUGGAGAUAAUAAUAUUGUUGUUGAUGAUACUGAUGACAUGAAAACAAUAGACAUUCUUAAAGAAGAUUUAAAAUCAUCAAGUGAAGAUGAUAAUGAUGAUGAUGAUGAUUUUGAAGAAGUACCAUUUGAUGCCAAUAAAAAUUCAUAUGAUUUAAAUGAAUUUGAUAAAUUUAUAAAUGCACCACAAGUACCAGUUGGUGAUGAUGAUCAUAGCCAACAAUCUACUCAAAGUAUAGAUAUAUCUUAUUUUAAUCAACAACAAAUAACUCAACAAGAAGAAGUUAUGGAUGUUGAUUUAAAUUAUGAUCAAACACAAUAUCAUUCAACUGAAGUAUCACCAGAACAAGAUAAUAUUAAUUCUGAUACAAUUCAUGAUGAUUUAGCAGUAUCUGAUAGUGAUGAAGAACAUGAUAAACAUAAUACAUCUCAACCAGGUGCAAUCUGGUUUUAAAAAAAUUUUAAUAAUAAUUUUUAA